ACUCAAAUUAACAAAAACAUUUCAGCAAAUCGACGGGGAGAGAGAGAGAGAGAGAUAGAGAGAGAGAGAUGAAUCUUCCACUAGUAGCCUGCUUCGCGCCAAGAACACCGACGCUUCACACAGGCUUGAAUUACAUCUCUUCCGACACUAACCGGAGCUCAACACUGGUUUUCACGGCGAGCAUACCAUCCCGGAACACGAAACCUCUCGCCGCUGUUUCCUCUGAUUCCGUACCCGACCCUGACUCCGAUCUCAGACCCAGAAACGAAACUCAGUCUCGUCGCGAGAACUUUCCGACGAAGGUACCGCGUAAACCGAAGCGAGGACGGCGGAGCGAGGCGGACGCCGUGGAGGAUUUCGUGAGAAGCUCCCUCGAGAAGACGUUCUCCACCAUACGAGAGCAGAAUCCUGAAGUUUUCGAGAACAAGGAGAAGGCGAGUUUCAUCAAAGACAGAGCCACGCAAAGCGACGACGAAGACGAUGAAAGCGAAGGAGAAGAAGGAGAGAUGGUGGUGGAAGAGGAGGAUCCAGAUUGGCCGGUGGAUACGGACGUCGGAUGGGGAAUCAGAGCUUCGGAGUACUUCGAUACGCAUCCCAUCAAGAACGUGGUGGGAGAAGACGGGGCUGUGAUCGACUGGGAAGGCGAGAUUGAUGACGCCUGGGUGAAAGAGAUCAAUUGUUUGGAGUGGGAGAGCUUCGCCUUUCACCCUAGCCCUCUCGUCGUCCUCGUAUUCGAGCGUUACAAGAGGGCAAGUGAUAACUGGAAGACAUUGAAGGAGCUUGAGAAAGCCAUCAAAGUGUAUUGGGAUGCUAAAGAUCGACUACCUCCACGUGCGGUUAAGAUUGACCUGAACAUCGAGACAGAUUUGGCAUAUGCUCUUAAAGCCAAGGAGUGUCCACAGAUUCUGUUUUUACGGGGAAACCGGAUUUUGUACAGGGAGAAAGAUUUUCGUACGGCGGAUGAGUUGGUUCAGAUGAUUGCGCAUUUCUACUAUAAAGCAAGGAGACCUUCGUGGAUAGACAAGGCUAACGUAACCCCGUAUUGCUAGUUUGCAGUGCAGACGAGUAGAGUACUGAAGAAAGGUCAGUGUAGGAACAGCUGUUUGAGACUUAACCAUAUGGUUAUCAAGAAGAAGAAAGUUUGAAAACAUCAAGCUUUUUAAAAUUGAAAGAUUUUGACACGAAGUUGAUGAAUUCAUAUUGGAUUACAAAGUGGCAUAUGUUUCUAGAGAGUCUAUAUCAUCUAAAGCUCCGGAUAAUAUUUUACAGUAAUGAUUGUAACAUUGUUGUAUGUUAUAUGCAAAUACCCAAGUAUUAGUUUUUGAUGUC